AUGACUCCCCGAAGCCGUGAUGGUGGCCACGGCCCAGAGCCUACUGACUGGGUGAUGGUGUCGCUACUCCCGCCACAAUCUGACGUCACGCUGCCGGGCCCCACCAGGCUGGAGGGCGAGCCCCAAGGGGACUUCAUGCAGGCACCAGGCCUCCCAGGCUCCCCCGCCCCGCAGAACAAGCAUGCCGGCUUCAGCUGCUCAUCUUUUGUACCUGAUGGCCCUCCAGAGCGGGAGUCCUCACUGCCCCCACACAGCCCCAGCAUCGCAUCACCAGACCCCGAGCAAGUCCACUGCCCUGCCGGCCCUGGCCCGGGCCCCUUCCGGCUCUCACCCUCAGACAAGUACCCCGGCUUCGGCUUUGAGGAGGGUCCAGCGAGCGGUCCCGGGCGCUUCCUCAAGGGCAGCCACGUGCCUUUCCACCCAUACAAGCGACAUUUCCAUGAGGAUGUCUUCCCUGAGGCCCAGACUGCCCUGGCCCUCGAAGGACACUCCUUUAAGACCCCGGGGGCUCUGGAGGCCUUUGAGGAGAUCCCUGAGGAUGUGGGGGAGGCUGAGGCCUUCCUGCCUGGCUUCCCUGCGGAGGUCUGGUGCAAUGGGCUCCCAUACCCCAACCAGGAGCACAGCCCCCAAGUCCUGCAGGGGUCAGAAGUCAAGGUCAAGCCCCCAGCUCUGGAGAGUGGUCCGGGGAUGUACUGUUACCAGCCCCCCUUGCAGCACAUGUACUGUCCUUCCCAGCCCCCCUUCCACCAGUACUCACCAGGUGGCAGCUGCUACCCUGUACCGUACCUGGGCUCCUCACACUAUCCCUACCAGCGCAUCGCACCCCAGGCCAGCACCGACGGGCACCAGCCCCUCUUCCCAAAACCCAUUUACUCCUACAGCAUCCUCAUCUUCAUGGCCCUUAAGAACAGUAAAACUGGGAGCCUUCCUGUCAGCGAGAUCUACAAUUUUAUGACGGAGCACUUUCCUUACUUCAAGACAGCGCCUGAUGGCUGGAAGAAUUCUGUCCGCCACAACCUGUCUCUUAACAAGUGCUUCGAGAAGGUAGAGAACAAAUCGGGAAGUUCCUCUCGUAAGGGCUGCCUGUGGGCCCUGAAUCCGGCCAAGAUUGACAAGAUGCAGGAGGAGCUGCAGAAGUGGAAGAGGAAAGACCCCAUCGCCGUGCGCAAGAGCAUGGCCAAGCCAGAGGAGUUGGACAGCCUCAUUGGAGACAAGAGGGAGAAGCUGGGCUCCCCGCUGCUCGGCUGCCCACCCCCUGGGCUGGCAGGUUCCGGCUCCAUCCAGCCCCUGGCACCUCCAGCGGGGCUCUCCCAGCCGCUGCACUCAAUCCAUCCAGCUCCGGGCCCCAUUCCUGGCAAGAACCCCCUGCAGGACCUACUUGGGGGGCACGCGCCCUCCUGCUAUUCGCAGACAUACUCGCACCUCUCGCCGGGCCUGGCCCCUCCUGGACCUCCGCAGCCAUUGUUCCCACAGCCAGAUGGGCAUCUAGAGCUGCGGGCCCAGCCAGGCGCCCCCCAGGACUCGCCUCUGCCUGCCCACACCCCACCUAGCCACAGUGCCAAGCUGCUCGCUGAGCCUUCCCCAGCCAGGACCAUGCAUGACACUCUGCUGCCAGACGGGGACCUUGGCACUGACCUGGACGCCAUCAAUCCCUCUCUCACCGACUUUGACUUCCAGGGAAACCUAUGGGAACAGCUGAAGGAUGACAGCUUGGCCCUUGACCCCUUGGUACUGGUGACUUCAUCACCAACAUCGUCUUCAGUGCCGCCAGCUCCCCCUCCCUGCUAUCCCCCUGGGCCCUGUCUGGCCGAGACCGGCAGUGGGACAGGCGACUUGGCACCCCCAGGCAACGGGGGCUCUGGGGCACUGGGUGACCUGCAUCUCACCACCCUCUACUCGGCCUUCAUGGAGCUGGAGCCCACACCUCCCGCGGCCCCUGCUGGCCCCUCUGUGUACCUCAGCCCCAGCUCCAAGCCCAUGGCCCUGGCCUGA